ACCACGUUUUCCGUCCUCGCCAAGCGGUGUAACCGCCUGAGGACAGCCGAAGUCAUUAGUACCAAACAGGAAGGGCAAAUGAGUCUUUUUAGAGAGCAGACCGGCACCGUUGGAAACAUGAUUUUAGCAAUGGAGGAUUAGGAAUGGCUUGCAGAGUUGGCAAAGUCGCUCUCUCUCUUCUUGGCUUCGCUCAUUCUAGAUACAAACGUACUCCUCUCGGCAGUUAAGCUGCUCUAAUCUCCUCACCUACUCUUUCUUUCCCUUUCUCUCUCUAGAAAACCUCAUUCGCUCUUUGUCUUUCUCAUCAUUUCUUCAUUUAUUGUUUCUUUCAUUCAUUUCACUUCCAUUCAUUCAAUAUUACACUUAUUGCUCUGCUCCUCUGCUAUGUCUUCUAUGUGAAUAAUAUUUCUUCUUCUCCAUUUGGAAGCUACUGAGCUGGAAUUAGAGAGGAGAAGCUAAAAUGCCUCUGGUGAGGUUUCAAGUGAGGAAUGAGUAUAGGUUGGGUCAGCCUGAGCUCUACAAAGAAGCUAACCGUGAAGAUCCUAAGGCUGUGCUUGAUGGUGUCGCUGUUGCUGGUCUCGUUGGGAUCUUGCGCCAAUUAGGCGAUCUCGCUGAAUUUGCAGCAGAGGUUUUUCAUGGCUUACAGGAGCAAGUAAUGACUACAGCUUCUAGAAGUCAUAAAUUGAGGGUUCGUGUGCAAAACAUUGAAGCUACGCUUCCUUCUCUAGAGAAGGCAGUGCUAGCCCAAACAAGUCACAUACACCUUGCCUACACAGCUGGUUCUGAAUGGCGUUCUCGUAUUCAUAAUGGACAAAACCAUUUUAUCUAUAAUGACUUGCCUCGAUUUAUUAUGGACUCUUAUGAAGAAUGUCGUGAUCCUCCACGCUUACACUUGCUUGACAAAUUUGAUACUGGUGGCCCAGGAUCUUGUUUAAAGAGAUAUUCUGAUCCAACCUUUUUUAGAAGAGCAUCAGGCAACUACAAUGAACCAUAUGUUGAGAAAGUCCCAAAAGAAAAGAAGGCUCGAAAAAACAAGAAAAAAAGAUCGUCACAAAGGAAUGCCGACUUUCUGCGUUCUGCAUCAAUGCCAAAUCAGAGUGCCGGAAUGCAGUAUGCUACUACAAUUGUUAAUGGGCGGACUUCUUCUCCUUCUCGUACAGCCUCCACAAAUGACAUGACAGUGAAAUCUGAUCUGGGUGAUCAUUCAAAUUCAUUUGAUUCAAGAACUGGGUCAGCUUAUGUUGAAUGUGUUUUCCAUUUGAGUUCCUCUGGGCAACCUGAAGAACAGGAAUCUAAGGAAUUCUCUUCAAGGUUCAUGCAUCAUAAUGAUAUCCCUGAUUCAGUUUUCCCUGAUGGACAAUGCAGCAUUGAAACUAAGAAUUUCCCUCAGAGUUCAUCACCUGAGCCAAUUGUGCCUGGUUCAUCUUGUGAUACGUGGGAUGAAAAAGCAGAAAUAGUGGAGACUAAGGGUCUAAAUUGUGAUGGAAAUGAAUCUCCAGAGAUGUUCACCACAGAUUAUGAUCUAGGCUUUCAGCAUGAGGAAAUUGCUGACCUUAGAGAUCCUGAUGAAAGGGGCGUGGUUUUUGACAGUAAAGAUACACAGAAAUCAAGCAAUGAUAGAAUUGAGAUUGAUGAAGUCGAAAGUGAACCAGACAAUUACGAAGAUGCCCUUAACACCAUAGAAUCAGAAUCUGAAAAUGACCUUGAAUGCCAAACGAAGCAUGAAUUGGAGCAAUUUUCCUCCAAUGUUAACAAUGAAGGAAUAGAAGAUGAAGCAUGCAAGAUGACACAGCAUAUUUCAGUUGAUUUUCCAGCUAAAUCUGAAUCUCAUGUUGCAUCUGACUUUUCCCCAAACAAAGGAAUGGUCAGUGAAUUGCCGAUUUCUAUUCCUUCAAAUACAGUUGCCCAUGAACAUACGUCUAAUAUAAAUGAAGAACCUUCUAGUUCAGACAAUAUUGGAAGUUCUGCCAGUGCUGAUGCUCUUGAUGGUUUAGAAGUAGAAUCUGUUGUCAAUGAUCUGUCAUCCUCUGGCCAUGAAAUUUCAAAUCUAAUAGAACCAUUGAAUGAAAAGACUGUGAGCAGUUCCUGUAAGUCUCAAGUGUCUCCCAAGUAUCAAGAAUUGGCCAAGUCUCAAGAAUCAGCCAAGUCUCAAGAAUCUCCCAGGUCUCAAGAAUUGACCAGGUCUCAAGAAUCUCCCAAGAUUCAAGAAUUGGCCAAGUCUCAAGAAUCUCCCAAGACUCAAGAAUCGGCCAAGUCUCAAGAAUCUCCCAGGUCUCAUGAAUUGGCCAAGUCUCAAGAAUCUCCCAAGAUUCAAGAAUUGGCCAAGUCUCAAGAAUCUCCCAAGUCUCAAGAAUCUUCCAAGUCUCAGGAAUCUCAGUCUGAAUUAUCUAGUGUUCCUUCGGUCUCAUUCUGGACAAAUGGUGGUCUGUUAGGACUUGAGCCAUCAAAGCCUCCUGAUUUUGCUGUAUCAAACACAUCGACUCAGGAUUCUUUGACAAGAUGUAAAGGUGAGGUAGAAAGUCUCCCAAAUCAUGCUUCUAUGCCAAGCAACAAUGGAGAGAGAAUGAAGCCUGGCAGAUUGAUUAAGGACACUGGAAGCAUGGAAAGGAUUCUGAGUUCUGAACGCUCCAAUUCACAGUGUGAGGAUCAAGAUGCUGAAAUUGAAAAAUCUGGUGAUUUUUAUCAUAGUAAUAGAUUUGUUAGUGCUUCUGUGGGAGGAUUGAAUAGUGCAAGUGUAGUGAAAUCAGGAAAAGAGUUGUGCCUUGAUGCAGAUGUUAAAGCCACAUCAUUUGAAACCAGUCAGGAGAAUGUUGAAAACUCAGCUCAAAUGUUUGGAAUUGGCAAUAGGUUACUUAUUAAUGGUUUACGUAAAAAGAUGUCACUUGUCCCUGAUAAUAAACCAGAGGUGGCUAGCUCACUGAAAACUAGUGCAUUGGAGCAGGGUAACGGGAACCAUAGCUUUGCUUAUAAUGCAACACCAGGGAAAGCAUUGAAUGCUAAGUUUGGACAUAAAUCUAUUGUAGAUUCACUAACUUCUUCACCACCACUAGAACAUAUGAAAAUGUCUUUCCACCCUACAGAUGGCUUUGAGGCUUCCAAAUUGAAGCUGAAAUUUCCUGAUGGGAACCACAGCAGUGGAAGUUUUAGAGAUAUGUUCCCAUCAUUUCAGUUGGUGCCAGAGCUUUCUAUUCCAUUUCAACAUGCAGGUUCUGAAUCUGAUGAUGAUACCUUCUGUAGAUCAUCUCCUUAUAUGUCAGAUGAUUGUCUUAGCCAUCACUCCGAUUCCUAUUCUGAGCAAUGGGAAUCUGGUGAAUCUCCUGAAAACCAGGACCGUGAGCUGUAUGAUGCUUUAUGCAGAAUAUCAUCUGUUGAAUCUGUAUCAAGUUCUCUGCAAGCUGGGGAAAUGGGCAACAACGGCGUUCACAUUGUCUCGCGAUUUAAAAGUGACUAUGCUGAGAAUGGUUCAGAUCCAUCUCUCUCCUCUUUGCUCGAUCUUCCCAGUUUUGAUGCUGUGAACCCUGUACCACAGGAAAAGGCAAAAGAUAAGUUGGAUCCAAGGAAUCUUGUAGAAUUGCAAAAUCCUAGGAACUGCAACCCAGCUCCACCACCUCCUCCCCCAGUGCAAUGGUGGGUCACAAAACCUGCCUCUUGUAUGGCAGAAGAAAAACAAAAUACAAUAUCUGAUGCUGUGAGUGAGCAGCAUGCAGCUGAUCUAAAACUUUCAGGGUCUACAAUAUCUCAGCAACAUAAACCAGCCCCUGAUAAUGAGCAACAAACAGAUGAGGACGCCAUUACAUUUAAACCAAAGAGCAAGGACCAUUGUAAGUUGAAUACACAGAAAGAAGUUAAUCUGCCUCCAAAUGGCAAAGGGCUGGAUGAAAAGGAGGAUUUUUUGCAUCAAAUCAGAGCGAAAGUGAUCAUUCACCCUGAGACGCACUGUGACAGCAAAGCCUACCUUCACAUCAGGUUCUGCUACAAAUGACAAAGUCUCUGCAAUAUUGGAGAAAGCAAAUGCAAUCCGACAGGCUGUUGGAAGUGAUGAUGGGGAAGAUGAUGAUACUUGGAGUGAUACUUGAUCCUGUUGAGACGUUUGACAAUAUCAUGAGAAGCGAAUCCUUAUUGUAAUUUUGAGUUCGUGUAGUUGGGCGUAGCUGUAUUAUAUAUGUAUAUGUGAAUAAUCCCAGUUUCUUUGUGUAAUUAACUUGUAGGGAUGUCCUGUAUCUUAUUGAGAAUACUUGCAUUAAAUUUUCUUAGUUAGGAUAAAUGGUGUAAACAAUGAGAAAAUCUAUCAUGAUGUAAUUUUCCAUCCCUGAGGCACUUAUUUAUGCUUGGUGCCUAAGAAUAUGAUUGUUCCAUGAA